AUGCCCGUCAUGCUCCAGCCAUCGCGGGCCUCGACGGCCUCGUCGUCGUCGUUCCAGCCGCUGACGCGCCAAAACACCAUGUCCUCGUACGACGGCACCCGCUCCGCGCGCCAGUCGAAGCGGUACUCCAUGUCCGCGCUCUACAUGUCUAUGUCGGCGAACGAGGGCGAGAUGCAGAUUGAGGAUGACCUGGCCAAAGCCCAGAAAGUGCUUCGAGAACUCAAGUCCAAGAUUUCCUCGCAGUCGAAAAAGAACUUUGUCCUCGAAAAGGACGUGCGGUAUCUCGACUCUCGCAUCGCCCUGCUGAUCCAGAACCGCAUGGCCCUCGAGGAGCAAAACGAAGUGGCCAGCCAUCUCGAAGACGCCACCGACAUGCAGGAGGGCUUCUUCCCCAACGACGACAAGACGCAAAAGUACGGCAACCUGAUGUUCCUGCUCCAGUCGGAGCCGCGGCACAUUGCCCACCUCUGCAGGCUCGUGUCGAUGGCCGAGAUCGACUCGCUGCUGCAGACGGUCAUGUUCACCAUCUACGGAAACCAGUACGAGAGCCGCGAGGAGCACCUCUUGCUCACCAUGUUUCAGUCUGUCCUCACGUUCCAAUUUGACCACACCCCCGACUACUCCUCCCUGCUGCGGGCCAACACGCCCGUGUCGAGAAUGAUGACGACCUACACGCGACGAGGCCCCGGCCAGAGCUUCCUGAAGACGGUGCUGGCUGAUAGAAUCAACAGCCUGAUCGAGCUCAAGGACCUGGACCUCGAGAUCAACCCGCUCAAGGUGUACGAGCGCAUGAUUGAGCAGAUCGAGGAGGACACGGGCACGCUGCCGCCUCACCUGCCCAAGGGCAUCACCGCCGAGCAGGCCGCCGAGAACCACCAGGUCCAGGCCAUCAUCGAGCCCAGGCUGACGAUGCUGACCGAGAUCGCCAACGGCUUCCUGACGACCAUCAUCGACGGGCUGGAGGAGGCGCCGUACGGCAUCCGCUGGAUCUGCAAGCAGAUUCGAAGCCUGACCAAGCGCAAGUACCCCGACGCCAACGACCAGGUCAUCUGCACCCUUAUCGGCGGCUUCUUCUUCCUGCGAUUCAUCAACCCGGCCAUCGUCACGCCCAAGUCGUACAUGCUCAUCGACGGCACGCCCGCCGAGCGCCCGCGCCGGACGCUGACGCUGAUUGCCAAGAUGCUCCAGAACCUCGCCAACAAGCCGUCGUAUGCCAAGGAGCCCUACAUGGCGAAGCUGCAGCCCUUUAUCCAGCAGAACAAGGACCGCAUCAACAAGUUUAUGCUCGACCUCUGCGAGGUCAGCGACUUUUACGAGAGCCUCGAGAUGGACAACUACGUCGCGCUGUCGAAGAAGGACCUGGAGCUUGACAUAACUCUCAACGAAAUCUACGCCAUGCACUCCUUGAUUGACAAGCACCAGCAGGAGAUGUGCCGGGAUGAAAACUCGCACCUCGCCAUCAUCAUCGCCGAGCUCGGCCCGGCUCCCGCGCAGGUGCCGCGCAAGGAGAACAGGGUCAUCAACCUGCCGCUGUUCAGCAGGUGGGAGACGGCGAUUGACGACCUGACGGCGGCGCUGGACAUAACGCAGGAGGAAGUGUUCUUUAUGGAAGCCAAGUCCAUCUUUGUGCAGAUUAUGCGCUCCAUCCCGCAGAGCAGCGCCGUCUUGAGGCGGCCGCUGCGCCUGGAGCGGGUCGCGGACGCGGCGGCGACGAGCCGCAACGACGCCGUCAUGGUGCGCAAGGGCAUCCGGGCCAUGGAGCUGCUCUCGCAGCUUCAGGAACUAGGCGUCAUCGACAAGAGCGACCAGUUUGACCUGUUGCGCGACGAGGUGGAGCAGGAGCUGCAGCACCUCGGGUCCCUCAAGGAGGGCGUCAUUGCCGAGACGGCCAAGCUCGAGGAGGUGUACAAGACGAUCCGCGACCACAACACGUACCUGGUCGGCCAGCUGGAGACGUACAAGAGCUACCUGCACAACGUGCGCUCGCAGAGCGAGGGGACGAAGCGCAAGCAGCAGAAGCAGCAGGUGCUCGGCCCGUACAAGUUUACGCAUCAGCAGCUGGAGAAGGAGGGCGUCAUCCAGAAGAGCAAUGUCCCGGAUAACAGACGGGCCAACAUCUACUUCAACUUUACGAGCCCCCUGCCCGGCACGUUUGUCAUUUCGCUUCACUACAAGGGCCGAAACCGCGGGCUCCUGGAGCUGGACCUCAAGCUCGACGACCUGCUCGAGAUGCAAAAGGACAACCAGGACGAGCUCGACCUCGAAUACGUCCAGUUCAACGUGCCCAAGGUGCUCGCCCUUCUCAACAAGCGAUUCGCCCGCAAGAAGGGGUGGUAA